AUGACCGUCUCAUCCCCCACUCAGGAUGUCCUCAUCAUCGGCGGUGGUCCGGCUGGUAUCUCCGCCGCCACGGCCCUGAACCGAUUGAUGCAUCCUUGCAUCGUCUUCGACCACGGUGUUUACCGCAAUGACCGAUCCAAGCACAUGCACAACCUUCCUACUUGGGACCACAAGGAUCCGGCAGAUUUCCGUGCUGCCGGUCGUCGUGAUCUUACUGAACGAUACGAAACCACUCGCUUUGUCGAUGCCAAAGUCGAGCAGUUGACAAAGCUGGACGACGGAACCUUCCAGGCGACAGUCUCGGGCGGCGAGAAGUACAUUGGGAAGAAAGUCGUACUGGCGACUGGUGUAGAAGAUCUGUAUCCCGAAAUUGCCGGCUAUGAUGAUUGCUGGGGUCAUGGAAUUUACCACUGCUUGUUCUGCCAUGGCUUCGAAGAGCGUGGUACUCCUCAAGCAGCAAUCUUGGCCGUUGAAGAUAUGGGGGAUGUCAUGCACUCCAUUGCCGUGGGCUGCAUGGCACAGCGGCUCGCAGAUUCCGUGACGAUUCUCACGCACGGGAACACCGCACUGACCGAGGAGGUGAAGGAUCAAGCCGCAGAGAAAAAUCUCAAGGUCGAUGCGAGGCGCAUCGCACGCUUCGUGAAAGUGCCUAACCACCCUUCCGAUGUAAUUGUCGAGUUCGAGGAUGGUAGCAAGGAGACAUUUGGCUUCGUUGCCCACAAGCCUCGAAGCAAGAUGAAUGGACCAUGGGCGGAGCAAUUAGGUGUGGAAAUGACGCCUGGUGCAGACUUGAAAGUUAACCCACCUUUCAACGAGACUUCAGUAAAGGGCGUCUUUGCUGCGGGCGACUGUGCUAGCCCGUUCAAGGUUGUGGCGGGAGGCAUUUCCAUGGGCUUGUUCGCUGCGAAUGGUGCGGCAAUGCAAGUUCAGCAAGGCCAGUAG